AAUUUUAAAAAUGAUUUAAUUCUGAGUAAUCAUCUGAAAAGGUGGAUUAAUUAUAGGAUUGCGAUUAUUAUGAAGUUCCCGCACAAAAGCAGCUGAGUUUGACGGAGUAGGAGGGAAUCCUAGGGCUGCUCCGCCAGCAGAGGCGGUGGCGCGGCCGUAUGAAAAGCAGCGACACAUACGGGCUGCGGUGGCAGAAACUGGGGCCCGUACAAUAUAUCCAGCACCUGCAGACGUCCCUGCACCACUGCAGGUUGUUACUUCCAAGCAAAGCCCUCCAUAAUUAAUUCUCAUUUAUUUCUUCUCCUAACAAAAUUUAAUUUUAUUCCUACUUUGAUCUGCUUUUUUUCAAUGGUCUUAUCCUCUAUCUCAUCACCAUCCCAUCAUCUUAAUUUCAUUCACUUCCCCAUGUAAAAUUGUAAUUGACUCUAGUUACGGCAAAUCCGAUGUUAUUCUCGCAAAUUUUGAUUAUGAUAUUAAUACGUGAAUCUGAAUAUCUCCUCUGUAAAAUUUUGUAAUGAAAAAAGUUGAAAAGUCUUGUAUAAAGGGUAGAUAUGCUAUUUAGAGUGAAGUUUGCAUGGGUAGAGAGCUCAAAGAGAGGGAAAAAAGGGGUCAGAAUGCAAAUAAUGGAAAAAGAUAGUACUUGUACCCAUGUUUUCUAUUGAAUAAAAAAACAACCUUAUUUCUGCCAAAGAUAUGCUCAAGAUUUUCUUUCUUUAACUUUUUCCUCUUGUUUCGGCAGCCGUUUCUCUUCUGCUCCUACCUUUCUGAUUCUUGCACUCUUUUCAUUGUGCAUCUUGUUGUGCUUGAGAGUUGAGAGCGUAGAAGCAUACUCCGUGAGUGCGUGAGGUGGAGUUGAAAUGCAUAGCUUCAAGUCUGCUGUAACACAGGCUAUUGCUCUCACCAGCUCUGACGUGUAUUGCCAUUCUCAGUCACCCUUUUACCUCAGGGGUGAAGAAGGUGGUAGAAAUGGGGCACGCUUUUCGGAUCUUGGGGAGCUUGAGCAGUCUGCUGGAAAUGGGUUUCAUCAUGAUGAUGCGGUUAACUUAAGCAGAAGUUCCAUGUACAAUGAUUUGAAGGCAAGCAAUGUUUCUGUUGUGUCUAGUAACUUGCAGUUUGGUGGGCUCAACAACAGUUUGGGUUCAGCAGAGAUGGUUUCAUCAGCAACCGGUGUUGACUCAGGCCAGUUCAUGUCACACAAGGGGACAAUUGUGGGGCUCUGCGGUGGUGGCGGAGGCGGUGGUGGUGCUAUGGGAAAUGGUCAGUUUGAAAACUGGGGUGAUUCAGGGGUAGUGGCGGAUCACAGCCAGCAGACUGACACUUCUACAGACACGGAUGACAAAAACCAGUAUCCUGGAGUGCACAAUGAAAGAUUGAUGGGUGUGGACUCAAUGGACCAAUUGAAUGGGAAAAUCGGAGACCAAAAGGCAUUGCGUAGGCUAGCUCAGAAUCGUGAAGCGGCGAGGAAGAGCCGAAUGAGAAAAAAAGCCUACGUUCAACAGCUUGAGAAUAGUCGGUUAAAGCUCACACAACUAGAGCAGGAGCUGAAAAAAGUACGGCAGCAGGGGAUGUUUGCUGCAUCUGGCUUUCAUGCAGAUAAUUCUCUAGGUGGAAAUGGGGCUUUGGCAUUUGACAUAGAUUAUGCGAGAUGGCUUGAUGAACAUCAUCGACUGAUUAAUGAUCUCAGAACCGCUGUAAAUUCUCAUGUGGGUGACAGUGAACUCCGUCUUCUUGUUGAAGGCGUGAUGUCUCAUUAUGAUGAGAUAUUCCGGCUCAAGAGUGUUGGUGCAAAAUCGGAUGUCUUUCACAUGCUCUCUGGCAUGUGGAAGACUCCUGCUGAGAGGUGCUUCAUGUGGUUGGGCGGUUUUCGCUGCUCCGAGGUUCUCAAGAUACUCGGAAAUCAAAUCGAGCCUUUAACAGAUCAGCAGUUGGUGGCGAUGUGCAACUUGCAGCAAUCUUCCCAACAGGCUGAGGAUGCCUUGUCUCAAGGGAUGGAAGCUCUGCAACAAUCGCUCGUCGAGACACUUUCCUCAAACACCCUCGCCCCUCGUAACUCUGCCAACGUGGCCGACUACAUGGGGCAGAUGGCCAUUGCCAUGAGCAAGCUUGCCACACUUGAGAAUUUCCUUCAUCAGGCCGACCUCCUGAGACAGCAGACAUUGCAACAACUGCAACGAAUACUAACAACCCGUCAAGCUGCUCGUGCUCUUCUUGCCAUCAGUGAUUACAGAUCAAGGCUCCGGGCUCUGAGCUCUUUGUGGCUAGCACGCCCUAAGGAAUGAUCUCGUUUCUCAUGUUUGUCGUGGCUAGCAACGCCCUAACAUGCUCGAGCCCUUUGCCUACUCGUGGCUAGCAACGCCCUAACAUGCUCAACCCCUUUGCCUACUCACCAUGUAAGUAAAGCUUUUCCUAGUGAGACUAGCUUGUUGUUGAUCAGCAGCUUAGUGAAAACCUUAUUUCUGUAUCUAAGAAUCGUUUCCACUGCAAUUUAAUGAUUUUUCUUAA